UCACGUCACGCGAGAAAGCACAGGAGCCGAGCGAGAAAAAAAAAAAUACCAACAAGAAGAAUUACCUUCUGUUAUUACGUGCUACACAAACUGCCGUGAUAGUCCGCAGACAUGUCGCUGACGGUCCCGGGGGGAGGCAUGGACUCGUGAAGGCUAUGAAUUCCUGCGAGCAUGGGGAAAUUUCAGAUGAAGCGAUGCUUGAGAAAGAACACAAGCAUGUCCAGGAAUGUAAGGAGGAGACAGAGGACAUUGCUAUUAGUGAGCCACUUCAGGUACAUGGAGGAGGAUCUGCUGGGGCUGCAGAGGCUGGGAAACGAUCAUCUGCAGAAAUGGGUCCUGACACAGACCAGUCCACUAGCAGCAAGAGGGCCAGGGUGUCUAGUGAGAUGAGGAGACACUUGAUAGACGAGAGCAGCAGGAUUGAACCUCUUUGCCUCACCACAACCGGAGAGAAGAGGGACUGCAUGCAGGAGAAAUCCAGAGUCUCCUACAGAAAGCCUCUCUUCAGUAUCUCCCACCGCAUCUCAGACAAGAGGAAUACCCCAAGUCUGGAGCAGCAGGCCAGUCUUGGUAGCUUGAAUCAACUCAACUAUAUGCUUUCGUCCAAGCUCCAAAGUCCAGAGCAAAAUGGCCCGGCAGAGACCAACCCCACCACAGACACUUUAGGCCAAGCUUCCACAGCGGACUCCAGCCUUUAUCCACUGAUUGAAAUGUUUUUCAUUCUCAAUACCCUGAAUUCAAGCAUGACCCAACUGCACAGUAAAGUGGACUUGCUAACUCUGGAAGUCAUGAGGAUAAAGAAGCAGAUCAAACCGGCUGAGAUGGUGACAGAGUUCCAGCCUCCGCCCGAGUAUCUGCUAACAAGCGAUGAAUUGAAUCAGCUGAUGGAGCAGACAUCCAGCGCUGGGGAGCUGGGCUGUCGGCUGCUGGUGCAUCUGUUCCCAGAACUGUUCAAAGCCAGGGAGUGCUCACAUGACUGCAUGGCCAGCAAGAGAACGCUGGAAUCUCUGCAUCUGCAGCUGAUCCGCAACUACGUCGAGGUGUGCUACCCCACAGUCAAAAACAACAGCGUGUGGCAGGACGAGUGCCUCCUUCAGAUUAAUGACUUCUUUAAUCGCUUCUGGGCACAGAGAGACAUGGAGAGUGCCCGGCUGCUCAGGAAGCAGGCGGUCACAGGUGGCGGGGUAAAAGCGGAGCAGCCUCAAACCUUUCGUUUCAUUAAUGAGCAGGGUCAGGAAGAGCACAUAUCUCUAGAUCACCAGGAGGGCAGCCUGGCUGGUUCAGACAUCACAUUUGGUACACAGGCCACAGAGGAGUUGGAUGAGUUCUCGUCCCCCGAAGACUUUGUUGUUUUUCUAAUUCACCGUCUCUUCCCUGAAGUUUUUGAAGAGGGGAAAAUACCAGAAAGCUGCGGAAAUUUUAGUAGCGUGGGACAGCUGAUUCUGGACUCUGACAAGAUGGAGAUAAUUAGAAAGUACAUGGAAGCAAAUUUUCCUGACGUGCCUGAGGACAGCUGGCUGCAGGUGUGCAUUCAACAUAUGGAAGAUGCACUCGAGGGUCCUCACAGUAAUGGCAAUGGGAGUGAACCUGACAACAUCAACGAGGAGGGCUAUGAACUAGCCAGCCUUCCUGAAGAUGUUUCAAUUAUUAAGGUUCCAGAAGUGAGUGAAUAUGAAAGACCCAGUCGCAAGUCUAAAAAGUCGCUGCUCACACCUGUAGAUUUUGACAGUCUGGAGAUUCCUCUGCCUGACUUUUCCAUUUCCCAGGAGUACAUCCUGUCGAGGGAACAGCUCAAGAGCAACUAUGAAUGUAGCCUGUCCAUUGGGAACUUUGCCUCUCGGCUGCUGGUGCUCAUGUUCCCUGAGCUGUUUACCCAUGAGAACGCUAGAAAGCAAUACAACUGCAGCGGCUCUCUUGGGAAAAAGCAGCUUGACCCCAUUCGUGUAAACCUGAUCCGUCAUUACGUGCAGUUGGUCUACCCUCGGGCCAAGAACGACAGAGUGUGGAUGUUGGAAUUUGUUGGCAAACUCGAUGAGCGGUGCAGGAGACGCGACACGGAGCAGAGGAGAUCCUACCUGCAGCAGCGCAAAGUGUACGGUCAGGACGCAGAGCAGGACUUUCUUUGCCAGCUGAACCAGCUCAAUCCAGACAACAGCAGACAGGAUCCAGAUAUUCCCUCUUUACCUCCAGAGAAAAGUAGCAAAGACUUCUGCAAAAUCCCCCUUGAUGAGCUGACUGUAUCCAGACCAGACUUCCCCGUUCCCUCUAUCUACUUGCUUUCCGAUACCGAGGUGCGGGAAAUCGUCCAGCAGAGUCUGUCUGUUGGGAACUUUGCCGCCCGCCUGCUGGUGCGCCUCUUCCCCGAGCUCUUCACCCACGAGAACCUGCGGCUGCAGUACAACCAUUCAGGGGCCUGCAAUAAGAAGCAGCUCGACCCUGUACGACUGAGACUGAUCCGUCACUAUGUGGAAGCUGUGUAUCCUGUGGAUAAGAUGGAGGAGGUGUGGCACUACGAAUGUGUGCCAAGCAUUGACGAACGCUGCCGGCGCCCCAAUCGCAAGAAGUGUGACAUUCUUAAAAAGGCCAAGAGGUCAAGCACUGUGUCCUAGUUACAGUACUCUGCAGUUACCCAACACUUUGUCAUAAGAACAGUUGCACAGUAUAUAAGCUGAAACCGCAUUGUUGAACUUCUACACACUGUCCUCUGUAGGAAGAAGCCAAGCUGUUGCGAGUUUCUUUAGUAGUAUUCUUACUCAUAUUUUACCUUUUGGCUACAGCAGUAGAUGUUCUAGUUUAUGUAGUCUUUAUUAUUGUUGGAUAAAAUGUUAAAACCGCUCCUAUUUAUAAGCCAAACCUGUCAUAGCUUAUCUAACAUACUCUGUUGAUAAAUGUUGUAGCCUUACAAACAAUAAUAUUGAUAGUAGCUAACAGCAUAGAUCACACAUUUGCUCUAUGAAUAGAAAUCAAAUCACAAUGACGUGAUAUAUUUCCAUUGCAGUUACUGAUGUAGCAUCGUGCCACCACUGUUUUAAUAACAAUGUGCUUAUGUUAAGCCUUCUUAUAGAAGUUUAUAUUAUAAAGAUAAUUUAACAUGACAAUGGCUCAUGAUAACCAGUUUCUAAUAAAACCACAGUUAUAAACGUGA